UAGUCACAUGACACAGUACGUCUCCUGCUCUUACGUCUAAUCAGGCGGCGGCUGUUUGCCUUGUAGUUUUUUUUUUUUUAUUGUAGGUCCCACUGGCUUUUGUUUCUCAACUUCUCGUUUGAAUGUCAUCAAGAAAUCAUUUCCGUUGUUUUUGAUUAUAAAGAAUCAAAGAGCCGAGAAUGAGUUGAGCGUUCUUUUUAUUAAGGUCAUGCCGUCUAACCGACGAUUACGGGUGACUUAGUGGGUCCCUCUCACUUUUUACACAAACACAACAAUAAUACAACACAGCGUCACAGCCCCCAUCUCUUUUUGCCUUUAUUGUUCUCUCAGAACUCAACAGACACAUAAACGCACUCUCAAAAGCCAGUUGCUUUCUCUUUGUUUCUGUUAUUUCUCAAUGGCGUCUUCUCGUGAGGGACACUACAGAGGAGUUCGGAAGAGGCCGUGGGGAAGAUACGCCGCUGAGAUACGUGACCCGUGGAAGAAGACUAGGGUUUGGCUGGGUACAUUUGACACACCGGAAGAAGCUGCACUCGCAUACGACGGUGCAGCUAGGUCCCUCCGUGGAGCCAAAGCCAAGACGAACUUCCCCGGUCCCGUCACUGGUGGUCUUCCACUCGAUCUCAACCUUCCAUCUGACAUUAAUAACAAUCAUCGUCACAAUCAUCAUCAUCACCCUUGGAUCACUCCUUCGACUUCUUACCAUCACAAUCAUCAUCAGCAGCAACGCUUAGCUUUUGGUGAGUUUUUACAAACUGGGGUGAUUAAAGAAAUAAACUUCGAUGAACAGACAUCAGCCUCUGUUAAAAACGACGCUGCCGUUACUAGUGGCACACCAGUUCCUGAAAACGGCUCUAUGGCGUCUUUCUUAGGGAUCGUGAGACGUGGGUUGCCUAUCGAUUUGAAUGAGCCUCCACCGUUGUGGCUUUGAGCUAGGCUUCCUGCUUAGGCAUUUUACGGCGUUGCUUUUUUCACUUCACUCUAUCCUUUUUAAUGACGACCACCUGUUACUUCUAGCCAUCACCGUUUUUCAUUUAUUAAAUUUGUACUGUUUUCCUUAUCAUUAUUAUUGGAGAAAUUAACAAGAAAAAAGGAAAGAAAAAAAAAGAUCAGAAUUACUAGA